AUGAAUGUACUGUUACAGGGAUCAGUGACAUUCCAGGAUGUGGCCGUGGACUUCACCCUGGAGGAGUGGCAGCUGCUGGGAUGUGCUCAGAGGAAGCUGUAUUGGGAUGUGAUGCUGGAGAACUUUAGAAACCUCAUCUCAGUGGGGUGUCCAGUCACCAAAACAAAAGUGAUCUUCAAGGUGGAGCAAGGACAAGAGCCAUGGAUGGUGGAGGGAGAGAACCCACGUUGGCGCUCUCCAGAAGUUAUCUGCUUACUUGAUGAUGAGCUAGAGGGACAGGAAGGAGAAGGAAGCAAAGACAGUUUUCUGAACCAAGGUAUGUUCACCUUCAAGAAAACACUGACCAACGAGACAGUCCAAAAUUGUAAUCUGAAUAUAAAUUUUAUUUUUUCAAGACAAAAACCACAUAAAUGUGAAUCAAAUGGAAAGUGUUUGCAACCUAACUUAUACUUUCUUAGUUAUAAUAAAAGUUAUAUCAGAGAAAACUCUUAUGAGUGCAGUGAAUGUGGGAAAGCCUUCCAAAAGAAGUCUCGUCUCAUUAGACAUGAAAAAAAGCAUACAAGGAAAAAAAAAACCUUUGAAUGCAGUGACUGUGGGAAAGCCUUUAACAGUAAGGGACACCUUGCAGCUCAUCAAAAAAUUCAUAGUGGAGAGAGACCCUUUGUGUGCAGUGAUUGUGGGAAAGCUUUUACGCAUAAAGCACAACUCGUGGUCCAUCAGAGACUCCACACUGGAGAGAAGCCUUAUGAAUGUGGUCAGUGUGGGAAAUCAUUCACCUGGAACUCCUCCUUUACUCAGCAUGUGAAAUCGCACACACCCGAGAACUCAUUUGAAUGUAAGGAGUGUGGGAAAAGCUUCAAGUACAGUUCAUCCCUUUAUAAACACUCCAGAAUCCAUACAGGCGAGAAACCAUACCGAUGCAGAGAAUGUGGCAAAGCCUUUGCAGACUCAUCAGUGUUGGUCAUGCAUCAGAGAAUUCAUACAGGCGAGAAACCCCAUGGGUGCACUGAAUGUGGCAAAGCCUUCAUCAAGAGAUCACAUCUCCUUAAACAUUCCCUUUCCCACACAGGAAGGAAACUUUAUGACUGUGCCGAGUGUGGCAAGAGCUUCAGUCAGAGCACAGACCUUCACAUCCACCAGAGAGUCCACACGAGAAAGAAACCUUUCGUGUGCAAUACGUUCGGCAAAGGCUUCAGUUAUAACACGAAUCUUCACGUGCAUCAAGAGUGUCCACACAGGAGAGAAACCUUUUAA